AUGUUUAACGAUCAAGAGCUUUUGCCAAGAAAAGCAGUGUCGAACGAUGUCAAGUAUGCUACGACUCGGAGAGAAGAAGAAGACAUAGGCUCUUCGUUGAAAUCAACUGGAGCGAAACCGGUAAAGUCCAACACAAAGAAGAAUAUUCUGGAUAUGCUGAUGGAGCCAUUUGACGUUACGGAAAAAGCAGGUGUGGGGUUUAAUGAAGAUAAGCGAACUACAGAUCCCCUGAUUGUCUCAGUAGAAGACCCCAGCAAGACCACUUCUACAAAUAGCAGGCGUAGUGUGCGAUUCUCCGAUGAACUUCAGGCUGAACAACGUAGAGGUGGCGAUGCAGAUUUAUCCAGUUGGUUCAAGUCGGAUCAUUCUGAGGCAAAGGAACUAGACUCAUCGGCCAGUCAAAAGAGUGGGCGGUUGAAACAGCGCCCGCACACAGCACCUGGCAUGGACAGAGUGGAGGACCAUCAAAGCAGCAAGGUCGCAACCAAUGAUCCGUUUUCGGAGUUUUCCCGUUCCGUGAACAAUAUUGAGGAUGCAGAAUUGUUUACCCCGGCAUUUGGUACGAAAAUUCGAAGACCGCUAUCGUUGGACUCAUUUGAGAACGGAAGCGGUAUGUUAAACACGGGCCAUUUUCGUGAUCCAGAUUACUCCUUCCGCGACAGGUCAUUGGCGCAGUCAUUGCGGAUGAGUUUCUUAGAUAAUAAUCCAACGGCAAAGACUGGGGAGCUGGAAGCCAAGAUCAAACGGUUGGAUCUUGAGAGGGGAAAUGCGAAAGCAAUGCUUGAUCUGUUGAAGAAACAACAUCAGGAGGAAAUACUCGUGAUUGAGAAGGCUGCAGGUUCAAAGCUACAAAUGAUGGAAGAAAGUUACAAACGUCGGGAAAACCGAUUAAAAGAGGAGCUCCAAUACUUGGAGGAGCAGAACCGAGAACGUUUGGCCACGUUGGAACAACAGAGAGAUCAACUAGUUUCGGAACUCACUGCAAAAUUGAACGAAGUUCGCAAACAAAGUGCACAAGAGCUGCUACGCAUAGGUGAAGUGCAUGACCAAGAGAUCACCACAUUGAAGGCGGCACACGAGAGGGCUGUCGCACAAAUUCGAACUGCAUGUCAACGGGAGUCACAAGUAUUGGAGGAGCUACAACCGAACACGGAAAGUCUAAAGCGGCUGCUGGAACAAUUGUCCACAUCAGCGACCGAGCUGGGUCGUGCAGAACAAGACCGCCUCCGAGAACUCUCACUGCGCCAAGAAUAUUUGGCAAGGCGAGAAGAAUCUAUUCGAUCCAUGGAGGAGCGUCUAGCGCAACGAGAAGAGCACUUGGACCGAGAACAAAGGCAAAUCACAGAUACCCUAGUGAAGCUGGAAUUUCAGAUGAAAGAAAAUGCAAAAAUGCUGUCUGAGCAUAGCUCAUUGUUGUGGCAGAAAAAAGCGGACGUAACCGACAUUUACAAUAUGAAGUAA